CUGCGCUUCAUUCAGUGCGGGACCAGAGCACGCUAAAGAGAUACCAAACCUGCAGAUACAAUUCCACGUAUUUGCUUCGGCUUUCUUCACAGUUCACGAUUCUGUAUUGCCAGUGUAUUUUAACAAUCAGUCAUUCAUAAUACCGGAGUAAACUGGACUAACACAAACCAUUCUUUGGAUGUCUCUGGUUUGGAUAACGCUUCAUAGCAUUGUGUACUUCUGAAGAAGUUAAAGUGCGUGCACGCCGCUUCAGAGAUACCUGUACCAGCACGAGCUCAGCUGCUCAUCCGGGAUUCGGAAGCGACUGUCCGACUGAUCCACUUGACCCAGUAAGUCCCAGAACGUCCCGACGACUCUCCAAUCCAAGGUUUCAGGAUGAAGCUGCUGUUUUUUUGUGCAACGUUCUUGUUCAUCCUAAUGGUGAGCCUGGAUGCCAGACGAGGAAGACCGGAUCACAAGUGUAAGACGGGCCCUCUGGACCUGGUCUUCAUCAUUGACAGCUCCAGGAGCGUGAGGCCCUUUGAGUUUGAGACAAUGAGGAAGUUCAUGAUCGAUAUCAUCCACGCUCUGGAUGUGGGCCCCAACACCACGCAGGUCGGGGUGUUCCAGUACUCCAGCCAGCUCCAGAACAUCUUCUCACUCAAGAGCUUCAGCAAGAAAGCUGACAUGGUGAAAGCCAUCAACAAGAUCAUCCCGCUGGCCCAGGGCACCAUGACGGGCCUCGCCAUCCAGUAUGCCAUGAACGUGGCUUUCAGCGAGCAGGAGGGCGCCCGCAGGAACUUACCCAAGGUGGCGGUGAUCGUGACAGACGGCCGGCCGCAGGACCGCGUGGCUGAGGUGGCGGCUCAGGCACGGGAGAGGGGCAUCGAGAUCUAUGCGGUGGGAGUGCAGAGGGCCGACAUGAACUCACUGAGGGCCAUGGCCUCCCCGCCCCUCGAGGAGCACGUCUUCCUGGUUGAGUCCUUUGAUCUCAUCCAGCAGUUCGGAAAGCAGUUCCAAGACAAGCUCUGUGGUCUGGAUCUCUGCAGUGAGAUGCCUCACGGCUGUGAGCAUGUCUGUGUGAGCACUCCUGGAUCGUAUCACUGUGAAUGCAACCCUGGAUAUAAACUCAACGAGGAUGGCAAAACAUGCUCAGCUAUUGACCUCUGCGCAGAAGGACAGCACGACUGUGAACACAUUUGCGUGAGCUCCCCUGGUUCAUACUCCUGCCGCUGCAGAGCCAGCUAUUACCUCAACCAGGACCUGAAGACAUGCACAAUGAUUGACUACUGUUCGUUUGGGAACCACAGCUGUCAGCACGAGUGUGUCAGUGUCCUAAGCGGCUACUUUUGUCGCUGUAAUGAAGGACACACACUUCAGGAUGAUGGGAAAACCUGCCAGUCCGAUGACCUUUGCAACUCAGUAGACCAUGGCUGUGAGUUCAAGUGUGUCAGCAGCCCUGGUUCCUACCACUGCGUCUGCCCGGAGGGACAGCCACUGCAGGAGGAUGGCAAGACCUGCAGCACCUGCAGAUCCGCUAACAUCGAUUUAGUCCUCAUUAUCGACGGCUCCAAAAGCGUGCGGCCGCAGAACUUCGAGCUGGUCAAGCAGUUUGUGAACCAGGUUGUGGACUCCCUGGACGUGUCGGCCAGUGGGACCCGGGUGGGGCUGGUGCAGUACUCAAGCCGCGUGCGCACAGAGUUCCCCCUCAGCCAGUACCAGAGCGCUGAGGACAUCAAGGCAGCCGUCCUGGGUGUGCAGUACAUGGAGAAGGGCACCAUGACGGGGCUGGCCCUGAAGCACAUGGUGGAGAACAGCUUCUCGGAGGCUGAAGGGGCUAGACCCCUCACCAGAAACAUCCCCAGAGUGGGCCUGGUCUUCACUGACGGGCGCUCCCAGGACAACAUCUCCGAGUGGGCCAAACGGGCCAAAGAUGCAGGCAUCACCAUGUAUGCUGUGGGCGUUGGGAAAGCGGUCGAGGCAGAGCUUCGGGAGAUCGCCUCCGAACCCGCAGACAAACAUUUCUACUACACAGCAGACUUCACAGCCAUCAACCAGAUCGCAGAAAACCUGAAACUUAACACCUGUGCAGAGGAGAGUCUCGGGGAAAUCGAGGUGAAAGACCCGUGUGCCUGUGAGAGCCUGUUGGAGUUCCAGGAAAGAACCACGUCUGCUUUAGAGAAGCUCUCCCAAACACUUGCUCAGAUGACAGCCAGACUGGAAGAAUUGGAAAACCAGCUUGUCUCGAAGAAAUGAAGAAUAAAUCCCUUGACAUUUUAGGGUGCUCAAGUCACGUAGCUGUGUGUGUUUGGGGCUUUGGGGGUUCUACUUGUAAAAUACAUUUUCCUUGUAUAACAAAAAAAAAUGCAUUGAGAAGAAUGAAGAAUAUCCCACUGUGUUACAUGGGGACCCAGAUGGCUUUGGUGACACAACGCCUAUUCACAUGUAAAGACGUAUAUGCAGAACUCACUUUGGCAGUGUUUGAUUAGCAGCAACACCACAAAGGUUAGUUAGAUAUCAAGCAGCUCCUUGUCUUUUCGGUUGUAAUGUUGUUGCAAGUCUUUUGUCUUAUUUAAAACCAAAUUGUAAUUUAUUGUCUUUCUAUACAAAUAAAACAAACAACGAUCUUCUGAGCAUCAUUUGAACUCUCCUAAUCGAUACAACCAGUAUUUACCUGAGGGGAUCAGCUGUCCCGUAAAACAUUAUUGGAAACAGAUAUUAAGUACUUGUGUUUUCAGAUUUUUUUUUCCCUUCCCAUUUGCAAAUCAAAUCGUGUUGACUGUAAAGACAGAGGUCGCUGGUUUACUCUUCCAUCGCCUCUUCCUCUCCUUUUUAUCUGAUGUUUUAUCUCGGAUCUUUAAACUAUACAUGUAGUAAAGAUGCCAUCAGGUUCUGUUGUGUAACAUGCAGGAGGUCUGUCAUGCCCCGCAUGUUAUGGUCGUGUGUCUCAAGCUAUGCUAGACCCUAGCAGCUAGGGAAGGAGGAAGGAGGGCCCAGAGCAGUCGGGCACUGUAGGAGACUGCAGCUGCCCCCCCCCCCCCCCACCCCCCCUCAUCACUGAGGACUGCAGUCCUGAAGCCAGUGCUGUAAAGAAGCAGGCACCUGACACUAUCCUGUCGUCAGUUCAACCCCCUGGAACAGAGGAGCAGGUGUGCAAUGCCCCACGACACCUUUUCCUUGUGUACCAAUUAGGCAGUAAUACCCAAGGCAGCGCAAUUACCACAGGAUAAUUGACCGCAGUGAAAGCUAAACACCCCAGCUGAUGUAAACAGCAACAGAUCUAAAUGCCACCGCUAUCCAGAGCCCUUAACAGCGUGCCUGCGUCACUCUUUAUGUCUGUUGUUUUGUUUUUUGCAAAGCCUGUUUUAAUAUGCCAGGCAUGGCCCUUGUUUGAAUGAUUAAAAAAAAAAAUUAAAAAAAAAAAAACAGUUGACGUUAUUUAGAUUUUCAGAUAUUUGAAUCAAUCCAGCAGACCCCAGUCUUUAUUAAAUCAGAAAACAUGGCAUAUGCUAUAGCCGUUAUUAACUCCAGCCAUGGGGGCGGCAUGGAAUUGGAUUUCAUUCAGGCCCCCACAAGUCAGAUUUGAAGCUUCAACACAAGCCUAGAGCAUCCGCAGUAGAUUAGAGCAUGUGAACCUGUCAGCUCUACGGAGCACCGGAGUGUUCCUUCACAUUACAGUACUGUGCAUGCACUGUACAGGGCAGCCUCACCUAUACAGCACAGCGCCCAGUCCCCAAUGAACUGCGAGUGAAGCAGCAGACAAAACGGAUGCUGAAAGGAACAAAGUGAAAUGUUGUUCCAGUGUCACGCUAAUAUAUAUUAGAGGUGGAAAACACGCGUUUAUAUAUAUAUAUAUAUAUAUAUAUAUAUAUAUAUACUUACAUUACUACCAGGACAACACUGGCUGUUCAGCCAGUUAAACUGAUAAUAUUAAGUAUGAUUAAAACCAGCUUGUAUUCUUCUUCAUGCCAGACACAGUGUAAAGGGCUUACAUUAUCAGGGCAGUCUUGUUUGGAAUCUAUGGCAGCACAUCGGUGUUUUUACAGAAACAGGUUACCUGUUUGAAGUGAAAACCAGCCCAUUCCUGCUCCGAGACUCAUUCCAGUGCUCCAGGCUCAAUGUCCAUGCAUUUCUGAAGUUGUCUUAACAAGAUCCUAGAUUCUGCUCAUUGAAAUACAGCUCUAAAGCAGAGGAGAAGCUGUUUCAAACCCUUUACUGUCUUGUCAAAGAGGUUUACUAAGUUUCUUGUAGUAUCACUUUGUUUCUAUAAACACAUGCGUGCCUUACUUUGUAUUGCCUGUGUCUGAGUGGUCUGUUGUGAAUGUAUUCUUUGGAAUCAGAUUGAAGCCCCUGUUAAAUGUACUUGCUGUAAAUUGCUUAAUGACCAUUUUUAAACAUUUCUGUAUUCUGGCACUAAAUAAACAAAUGCUUUUCCACUU